UUCGUUUUAUUUUGUGGAGCAACUGGCUUCCAGGGUGCCUCGGGAAGCAUUUCCAACGCUUCCGAAUUUGGAAAUCAAAACGAUCGCUUCGACUUAAAGGGUGUAAAUGAAACUAGGAAAAAUAAAAGGGCACGUCGAUACAGUGCCAGCGAAAAAUUCGUAGCUACGACUACGAUGGAAAAAGUGGAAGCAGCUAUAGAUUCCCUGAAAACGACCUAUUUGUACCGCCCGAUCCUUUAUGGAGAGUAUGUCGAGGGAACCAUACGAAGCUACAAUAUCUUCAAAUCAGAUGCGGGCAGAGAUGUCUUUGGCACACUAAAUGGUGACCUAAAAGAGUCCUUUAAAUCUAUAAUCGGGCGUCGACCACGCACGGGUGAUAUUAUCUCCUGCAGGAUACCAAAAAAUAGGAUGGCUGAGCACUACAUGAUGUUCCUUAACGACAAGGUGAUCGAAGUGGCAGUUGUGGGAGGCAAGUCGACGCACGACGGCAUAGUCAUGAUGUCUUCAUUCAGAAACUCUACCUACGCCAACUCAACCCAGUGCUUGUUUCACGAGAACCGUGUUAUGGCCAGAGCUAGAGAAAUUUCUGAUGAAAAGCACGAUGACACUGAAUCUGAUAAAAAGCAGGAUGAAAUUAUUAACCGUAUAGAUUGCACUAUAAAUGGAACGAAACCUGGAAGGUUUCACUACGACCUACUGUCCUGUAACUGUCAAGAUGUAGUUCUGUACUGGGCUUAUGGAUACGCAGAAAAUACUUGUUUGAAGAAUUUUGGGUGCUUCGAUUACUUGAUGUAUAGUUUUGAUCAGAUUUACAAAUAUGUCGAUGAGGAAGCAUUUACGCAUUAUGAGACGAAUAAAGAUAGUGGGGACUUACUUAAUGCUGCUGCAAAAGUUAUUUUUACUUAAUAAAAGAUUACUAAUGUAAUCGAAUCACUAGUAGUAGACACUGUAGAUAAUAGCAAACAUAUGACGAAGUGAUUUUUUUUCAAUUGAGUUCUUUUUUUUAUUUCUGUGUCAGUUUAGAAACUUUAGAAGUUGACUACGUUUUGGCAAAAUAAAUUGUAUGCUCUAUCUUUGAACAUUGGAUUUCUUAGCUACUUAAUU